UAAUACAUCGUGUCCGGCGAUCUGACGCGCUCGCUUAUCAACCGCCGUGAGUGUAGUGCACUUAACGUCAACAAGUAUGGCGCUGGUCUACACGAGACUUCUCUGCCGGCGCAACGUCGAUUUUCGGCAUUUCCGAAGCUUGUACACAUGUGGCCCCCUCGCCGCCACGGUUUCCAAGCCGUUGCUCUCGAGCGCGGCGUGCGAGACCCACGAUGAGAAGAACAUACGUCUGAAGAGACCGCUAUCGCCGCACUUGAGCAUCUAUCAAAUUCAGCUGACGACGGUGCUCUCGAUAUCGCAUCGCACUACUGGCAUUAUGCUCGCCAGUUACGCAAUGUUCCUUGGCUUAGGCACGCUGCUUAUACCAGGUGGUAUUCCCUGCUUCAUAGAAAUAGUGAACAAUUGGUGCUUACCUCUGCCCGUACUGUUCGCUGGCAAGACCUUACUCGCUCUGCCUGCUACUUUCCAUACGUUCAAUGGCAUCCGUCAUUUGUCUUGGGACUUGGGGAUGUUUCUAUCGAUUAAGGAGGUGUACAGCACCGGAUAUGUGGUAUCCGCCCUGUCAAUAAUCUCCGCGCUUGUACUUGCGGCGAUGUAAGCGUCGCACAUUCGCCAGGAAACGGUUCUUUAAAAUUAGUUGUAUCAGAUUAUAUUAUAACUACAUUGCAUUGAAUUGAUAUCUCAAUAUUACAGAAUAAAAUAAUUUAUUAAAACU